CGCCGGCUGCCGUAUUUCACCGAGACACGGGGCUCCGGUAACAGCCGAGCAGAUGCGCUACGGUACCGAGCGAUACUAGGAAAGUGUCCACUUCAGCAGCCGUGAAGUCCCACCCCUACUUCGUUGUCGGUUGUUCUGUCAGUCUUGCGACGUGAAAUUCAUUUUGCAUUACAUUCGGAUUUAAUUUAUCUGGCUGUGAUUAGCGGUCCUAGUGUGUGUGUGCAUGCAGCAGCAUGGUUCCGGCGACAGUUCUAACGGAGAGAGACCCAUUUCCUCUAAUACCAGCAGCCCGGUCCCUACGCCUGCUUCUUGGGUAAGGAGGUUUGGACAGGACAGGCGAGCUGUCCAACAGCCCGGAGUGAUGGUGGUAUUUUCCGCCCAAUGUGAGACUGACGAACCGAUCGAUGCGAUGUCGAGUUCGGGUUCCGCCGAGGAUGAUUUCCGGAAGCCAUCUGUCCCUAUCCCAAACCUAAACCCUAGCAAACCUCUUCGUGCAUGUAACGCUUCCCAGGAGUUCCCAGAAGUCAUCCCCUUGAAUGUGGGCGGCACUUACUUCACCACGCGACUGUCCACCCUCCGGCGGUAUGAGGACACCAUGCUGGCGGCCAUGUUCAGCGGCCGGCACCACAUCCCCCGCGAUGCUGAGGGGCGCUUUUUCAUCGACAGGGAUGGAGCUUAUUUUGGGGAUAUCUUGAACUUCCUGCGAGAGGGAGAGCUUCCCCAGCGUGACCGUGUGCGGGCUGUCCACAAGGAGGCGCAGUACUAUGCCAUCGGACCUUUGCUGGACAGUUUGGAGGACAGUCAGCCCCUCACAGGAGAGAAAGUCCGACAAGCUUUCCUUGACCUACUUCCGUACUACAAAGAGAACCUGGAGCAGAUCGUGGAGAUCGCCAAGGUGCGGGCCAUGCAGAAGAAGGCACGCUUCGCCAAGCUGAAGAUCUGCGUCUACAAAGAGGAGAUGCCCAUCACCCCGUACGAGAGGCCGCUCUUCAACUCCCUGCGCUUCGAGCGCUCGGAGAGCGAGGCCAAGAUCUUCGAGCACCACUGCGAGGUAGACGUGUCUUUCGGGCCUUGGGAGGCGGUGGCGGACGUGUAUGACCUGCUUCACUGCAUCGUGAGCGACCUAGCCGAGCGCGGCAUCACCGCGGACCAGCAGUGCAUCGGGGUGUGCGAUAAGCACCUCGUCAACCACUACUAUUGCAAAAGGCCCAUCUACGAGUUCAAGAUAACAUGGUGGUAAAGGACGUCUUGCCCGUGGCUUUUUCACAAAAACGCGGAACGGAUUCCAGCCCCCAUAUGGCUGCUGGCAGAGUCAUUCAGUCAGGAUAUGAGGCACUUCUUCCGUAGCAUCCUAAUUCCUGAGCCAAUGCUGUACACGUGUCGACUACAUUGUAGCCAUACUGUUUGUCGUCAGCCACAGACCUGUUAAAUAUGGCGACUGUCCUUUACAGCUUUUAUAACAGCGUCAUGUAUUUUUAACGUUAAUGACAACUACAGCUGUUUUACUUUAUUUUGCUCACUCUACUCUUUUUUUUUUUUUUUUUUUUUUUACUCGGAGGUCUUGUGCUCCUAGCGUAAGCUUAUUUUUAGGAAAUGAAGCAACUAUUUUUGUGUAUUUGUCGCCUUCCUGGUGGCAGUCUUGGUCAUGAUUUGUUUCUCGUUUCUGGGUUUUGUGGUGAAGGGUCGUUUGCUCCUUUGUGGUUUUGUAUUACAGCUGGAGGAAAUUAAGCCACAUGGUCGAAUAUUUCACGGGCGCGUGCGUACGCACAUUUGUCACUUUGUUUUUUUGUAAGGUUUUACUUUUUUUAUUUCUCAGCUGUGCUUGAGAAGUUAAGGCACUAAAGCUGACAGAUUUUAUUCCAUGGGAAACAAAGGAUUUGGUACUGGGCUGGCAAAUGACAGACCAUAAAUGGCACUGGAAAAGAUUUGCUGGCAAUAAAAGAUGCUUCUCACUUACCUACUCAUUCAUGUUGAGUGUUCCUAGUACAUUUUCAUACCCGCUUUUCUAGGCGAAAGAAGUGGUAUCUUUAGGUAUUUAUGGGGAUCACUGGGGUUGUGACGCUGAUCAGUGCGCAGUGGCUAAAAAAGUGGACCUUGUCUCUGUCAGGUGCAGCUUAACACUGAUCUGCUCUCCACUGUCACCAUGAUCGAAUAAAAUGAGCUGCAGGAUAUCAGUUAGGUCAAAGGGGCACUCGUAUGCUCCUGACGGUCUGGUGUGUUGAGUAAAUUGGUCUUUUUAACACCAAAUACUUAGUCAGUUUAACAGUUUUACAUCAUCUCUAGGUAACAACUGAACCGCUCCGUGCUGCAUGUUAUUUUUAAAGCCAAACCCUUAAAUGAACAAUUAAAAACUACUUUUCUGUAAGCUUAAUUUCCUCUGUAUGUAUUUAUCUCCUUGGUAUUUCAGGGUAUGACAGUGCAUUCACGAAUGCAGCACAGAUGAAUCCAUUAACAGUACGGCAGCACAAGUCAUCACUGGUCUGAAAACAGAGCCUGUGUUCUGUUGGUUAAGAAAGGACCUGCAGAACAGCCUGGAAGUCAGAAGGGUCCGUGUUUUCAUAGCAUUUGAAUGAACUAGCAUUUGUCGCAUUUAACAGACUUGCAGAGUUAUUUGUCUACUGUUGUGCAAAAAACAUAUAAAUGAAGAAAAAUACAUAAUUUUGGCUGGACUUGGUCUGUAAUAUCUUGUGAGUAAAAACCACAUUCGUCUGCUUCAAAAUAGACAUAUUCUUGGCACAACUCAUUGAGACGUGUAGUUUAAACUGCUUACAUGUUUUGAACCUCAAAAGGGCGAAUACAUGCAAAUACUAGAUAUGCUGUAAAUAUUCACAAGUUACUGGUAAUCUGUAAACAACAAUGUUCUGGUUAUUGUGUGUGAUCAACUAAAGAACCUUAUCUGUUUCAGGCCGAAGCAAUCUAUGCAUCUUUUCUGAAAAGCCUGGUAAUUAGCUUAGCAGUAAGUUUGGUGGCUAAAACCUAUGAAAUAAGGCAAGUGCUUUAAUAUUUUGUUAUACCAGGAAUUUCAUGCAGUUACCACUAUCGGUAGAGAGGAAGAAUUACCCUCAAUCUUUUAUCCAGCAGCCAGGGUUAUAUUGCUUAACAGUUUCUGUUGCCUUAGAUACCAGACUUUACCAAUCAAUAACAGAUAAGAAAAGUUAGACCCUGGAUUCUUAUCAGUUUCAUAAUCAGGGAAAUUGGGCUGAUGUGCAAAUUCAAUUCAACACUUAAGCAACUGUUCAAGGAGAAUUGCUAUUGAGAAGGUUUUUGAGGAGAGUUGACACUAUUAAAUAUAUAUAUUUUCAUAAUUUGUACGCCAUUGUUAAAAAAUGACAUGAUUAUAAAGAGAACUUUGUUAAUAUGAUAUUUUCUCCCAGGUUUCCUGGUGAUGUGUUGUCUGAGGUUUUUGGCAGUGCUUUCUUCUAUUGUAAUUAUUUACACAGUAAAAUGUAACAGAUUACAAUUGUUUUCCAGAGCUUCACCAGUGUUUCUCAAAGUGAUCCUCGGGGACCCCCAGACAGUCCAUGUUUUUGCUGGGACUGAGAGGGAGCAGAAAUUUGGACUGUGUGGCAGGGAGCUGGGAGGAAGCAAAAACGUGGGGGGGGUGGUUUGGGAAACACUGGGCUGGACUGUUCCGACUACUAUAAAAUACUGAAUGGUAAUUUUGAAUGGGAAAGCAUAGCUUUAUCGAACCUGUCGUAUUUGUCAGUUACGUGUGUAUCUUAGUGUACUUGGUAACUUGUGAGUAAUGACCUAAUGUCGUUACCUGACCUGCUCACCUCUCAACUGUCACCAAAAAUCUUGUUUGUCAGUUUCCAUAGAUGAGAGAUCAGCAGGUCAGGGUCUGUUCAUGACAUAAUCUCCUCAAUUGCAAUGUUGUAAGAAGAACAAUCUCUCUGAGUGCCUCAUAAACUUGUUUGCAGACUGUAUACUAAAUAUGUGGUACAGUACAUGUAUUGUGCAGGUCAUAUAACAUGUGUGUGUUCUGCACAGGUGUAGCUAACCUAUGAUUAAAUAAGAUUAGUUGACACAGUCAACCUACGGAUAAAUGUAUGCAGCUUUAGGCGUGCCCAUUAAUGGUAAUUUAUAAAAAUUACUGGUUUGCUGUAUUCAAAUGGUCACUGCAUACAUUGCUGCUCUGUGCUAACAGUCAAGUGUGUGUGUGUGUGAGUGUGUGUGUGUGUUUUGCAGUUAUUUUUAAAAUAAGGUGCAAUAGAAUUGUGCUUGAUGUCA